AUGGCGGCUGUGGCAGCACUGCUGCAGAGGGCCAAGGCCUACGUCAAGACCAAGGAGUUUCGGGACUAUAUAACCAGCACUCACUUCUGGGGUCCGAUGGCCAACUGGGGCCUGCCCCUGGCCGCGUUCAAGGACAUGAAGUCGUCCCCGGAAAUAAUCAGCGGCCGCAUGACGGCAGCGCUCAUUUUCUACUCGCUGGCCUUCAUGCGCUUCGCUUACCGGGUCCAGCCUCAGAACUUGCUGCUGAUGGCGUGCCACGGCACCAACGUGGUGGCGCAGAGUACUCAGGCCACUCGCUACCUUCUUUACCACUAUGGCGGGAUCGAGUUGACUGCCCAUGCUAGCAGCCCUGCAGCGGCCACAGCCCCGGCCUCGAAGCAAUUUUCUAAAUGA